CUGCAACAGGAGGUGCUCGCAAGCGUCGCAAAAGUGUGGAACUGGAGCCACCCGCGAAAAACAAAGAUGAGGGCGUCGUUGUGAUCGAGGAUAGUGAUGAGGAAAAUGGGGCGGACUUGAAAGCCCCCGUUGGAGCUCUGAACGAUCCGGCAGACACUGUUGCAAAAGAAGAAGAUGGCCAGAUCGUGCCUAAUCCAGAAGAUGACUUUCCAGACGACGUGAUAGGCUUGGAGGUAUACAAGUGCUUCAUCGACCAGAUCGGGCUAACUGUGCGGGAGUGGAUCGAGGUGUACUACGUCUGCCGCUGGGGCAUGGAGGGGGCGCAAGACAUCCUCCUCGAGUCUCAAUUUUUCGAAACCACAGAAGUCGUCGUUGACAAUGAGCCGAAGACAAUGCAAGUGAUUACACUGUCGACCACCGCUGUAAAAGCAGUCACACUUCUGAAAGAGGCUGGGAAGAAGUCGCGUCAGAAUAUCGCUGAGCAGAAGAAGCGGGUGAACAGAAAAAAGCAGAAGAAGGAGGAUCCGCCGAAAGAGAAGAAGCCAGCUGCGCGCAGCAACAACAGAUUCGACAAUCUUGUCGAAGGUUUGACAGAAGCCCAGAAGAACCCGACUGCCCUCCCGGGACAGGAGCGACUCAAGUCGCCGACGAAGACCCGGCAGAAAGCUGUACCAUUUUCAUUCUACAACUUUCUAUCUUUUUGACUACUUGACUCCUAUUUUCUGACAUCAAACUGGAGAGCUUCCCAGAAAAUCUUACCCUUCUAAACUUCAGGAUGCUCCGGUUGCCGAGAAGAGACCCCAUGAAAAUAUGUUCUACAGUACGGACCCGAUGGAUUAUUGCCCUGGCAGGAUGGAGGAGGAGGAUCUCGUUGAAGAUGAUGAGUACUCGCCUGAAGAAAUCGAGGCUGUCGCGAAAGAUCUCAAAGAAGGCAAAGGCAGGGCAAAGCUGGCUGCUUCGGUGUUGUCGUUUCACCGUGACGACGUUGACCUAGCCGGGAUGCAUAUAGCAGAGCUCAGUCGCAAGAUGAAAAUCCGAUGUCCCACCUGUGCGAAGCACAUCGGAUGGUGUAAGAAGGUGUGGGUCACGCAUAAUGGGCCUGCGCUUUUGUACAAGGGUCCCGCGGAGGGUGAAUCGUGGAAGUCCGUAGCUUGCGGACCAGCUCGGCACCUCAGUGCUUUGGAGAAGAAUGGCGCGGUGUCGUGCAUGUGUGGAUGGUGGAAAAAAGGCCAGCUCUGGUCUUACUCAAACUGUGAGGAG